AUGUUAUUUGAAUCAAUCUCAACUCUUAGUAAUUUAAAAUCUGCUUCAAAAUCAUCAAUGAUUGCUUCAACUGGUUCCACUUCAUCAAAAAGUUCAAAUAGUAUUCAAUGCUAUACUGGUUGUGUUGGUGGUGGUAUUUUCCCAAUUAGACAAACUUCAAUUAACAUUGAUAUUAAUAUAUCAAUUUCUCGUGGUUGUGGCUCUUGUGGUGGUUGUGCAUGUAGAUAUUAA